CACCGUUCGAUUUGAACAGAGAAAGGAUGAAUAUGAUUAAGAUAAACUCUAUAUCAUUAAGACUACCAAUAAAUGGAGCUCAUGGUUCCAAAGCUCUCAGAUUUCUGAGAUCUGUCAAAACUUCCACGCUUGAUUGGAAACCUAUGAAAUCUAAAACUACCAAUUUGGCCCUUAAAGAAAUUCAAGAGAGAAGUCCCUGGCUUAGAAAGUUUUUUCUUGGAUUAAUGAUCGCUAUGCCAGUUGUAUCGUUUGGGUUAGGCUGCUGGCAAGUACAAAGACUUGAUUGGAAGACUAAGCUCAUUGCAAGAUGUGAACAUGCAAUAGCACUUAAGCCUGGUGAAUUACCAAAAGAUAUCGAUCCUUCCUUAAUUGGAGAUUAUGAAUACCGCAAAGUUGUUCUCAGGGGACACUUUGAUUACGACAACGAGAUGUAUUUGGGACCAAGAUUUAGAGAUGGGGAAAUGGGAUAUUUAGUUGUUUGUCCUUUAAUUCGGUCGAAUGGUGGAGAACCUAUUUUGGUAGAAAGAGGUUGGAUUUCGAAGGAGAAGGUUAUCCCAUCAAGUAGAGAAUCCGGAGGUUAUUUACAACAUUUGGCUCGCCCCAAGGGAGAAAUUGAAGUCAUUGCUAUGUUAAGAGUAAUGCCUCCAAAAUCAUAUUUCCAAUUUUCUCAUGAAGAAGGUUCAAGACAGUUUUUCAUUGCAGAUGUAGAGGCUAUGGCUAAACAAAGUGGUUCCUUGCCUGUUUACUGUCAGGCAGUAUAUGACUUAACUGAUAAACCAGAAUGGAGAAGUAAGGAAAAGUCAAAUGAAAUCGAAGGAACAAAUAAAACUGGAGGUAAGUGGCUUAAUCUCUUCUCUAAGGAAGAAUCAGGAACUUCUAAUGCCCGAUAUAUGUCUGACUUUGAGCAUCAAGAUGCUACUAUGGAAUAUCAAGGCUUUGAAUUUGCUAAAGAAGGGGUUCCAAUUGGUACUAUUCCAAAGGUAAAUUUCAAAAAUAAUCAUGUGCAAUAUUUAGUCACUUGGUUUGGGCUUUCGUUGUUUAGUGGAGGUUUAUUAAUUUAUUCAAUCCUCAAAAAGGGAAAUGCUCAGGGAGCGGAAAAGAUGAUUGAAGCGAAGAGAAAGCAUAUGAAGAAUUGGUAGGUGAAUUAUAAAUCAAUACCGUUGGUUGAUUCAUGACACACACAACUACAAUAUUCUUAACAAGACACAUACAUUGAACUGCUUUGAAUCUUAUACAAUGAAGUUCUCACGGGUGCCGGGUGUGGAAUUUUUGCUUAAGUCCACAUUCAUUCUUGUUGAGGUGUAAAUAACUUAAUUCUUGUAAAUAUAUUUGAUACAUACUAUUAAACAUUAGGAUAUAUGGCAGUGAAAUGUAAAAC